UCGUAUAUAAACCCUACACACACCAAUUAAUAUCAGAGUCGAAACCCUAGAAUCUUAUUUGUAUGAUCACCACCAAUUAAGCAAGCCGGUUGUGAAUUUUGCUUUUCUGAUAGAAGGAAUGGAGGAAGAAGGGCAAAAUCAAGCUCUGAAACGGAUUCGGUUCGAAGAAGAAGACGAAGAUCGAACUAGUAAGUUAGCAGACUCCUUACUUGUUGAAAUCAUAUCUCGUUUACCCACCACAAAAGACGCCAUUAGAACAGCUGCACUCUCCAAACGAUGGAAACAUCUUUGGACUGCUGUUACCAGUCUCGUUUUUCUACAUCCUUACGAUAGCAACCAUUACGCGAACCCCAGUUUCUUUUCUCAUGUCAACAAAACACUAACUCAGCGUGGCCAAUCGAAGCUUAACAAAUUCAGACUGCAUACCUACUACCAUGAUCAUCUGCAUGAAUCUCAUAUCAACGAUUGGAUUCGUUAUGCUGUUCAUUGUAACGUUGAGGACCUCCAUUUGUCGCUAAGGGAUCAUGUACGAGGGUUUGCGUUUCCGCUGGAUCAGUUUGUUUUCAUCAAUUCAUGUUUGACAAAUCUGACACUGUUAGCCUGUGCAUUUAAUCCCACCGGGGUGAUUAGUUGGAAAAGCCUUAGGAAGUUGUGUAUUGUUUAUGGGAAUUUAGAUGAAGAUUUGAUUGGAAACAUAUUAUCCGGCAGUCCUGUGUUGGAAACUCUGGUGUUGAAGCAUUGCUAUGGUUACAGGCGGUUAGAUAUCACUUCAAAGAGUCUUAAGAAUUUGGUGUUUACUGGAUACAUGCAUAAUUAUACUACUGAUAUUAUCGAAAUCAAUGCUCCUAAUAUUUUGUCACUAAAGAUUCAAAGUGUUCUGGUGUUGAGGAAGAUUUUGCUGCUAAAUGUGUCUUCUUUAGUUGAAGCUCACUUAGAUUAUACAAAGCGAAUACAUCAUUUUGGCAAACCCGCCGAAGAAGCUGAAGAAGAGAUGCUUACAGGAUUGAUACUCAACCUUCUCCAUGUCAAGAACCUCAAAUUUGGUACUUUUUGUUCUAAGGUUGUUGAUCGUUUGAAAGCUAAAGGUUUCCUUUCUCCAUCGAACUUGAAGGUCCUAAAUGUUAUUUCUUCACCUUUAUAAUUUGAAAAUGGUCCUACAGGUAAUGAUGUUACUUGGUUAAUGUACUUUCCAUUCAUUAUAAAUAACACUUUGUUGGCGUACUUCAAAUUCAUAUUAGUUUGUUAUC